CACCAGUCUACCAUGAUUCUGGAACGAUUCUUUGUCCAUUAAGCUUCGUAUAAUCUGGAACGGAAAUAAGCUUAUCGCAGUGAAUGACCAUUAAUUAUCUCGGCUAAAGGGCCGUUUGGGGAAUUGGGGAAUUCCGCGCCACUGUGCCCCGCGAACGGCGACAACCGACCAACACAACUCGGCCAGCUCCGACACUCUUCUUUAAGAACAACCCAUUCCUCAACCAGGUUUAUCCAUCCCUCACGUCCGUUCCAGAAAACACGCACCAUGGGAAACGACCAGAAAAUCGGCACCUAUUAUGCCCCAACGGGCGGCCUGCCGCCACAGAGCCAGCUGCUCACAGACCGCGCCAUGUUCACCGAAGCGUAUGCCGUCAUCCCCAAGGGCACUUUCAGCGACAUCGUGACAAGUUUUCUGCCCUUCUGGGACAAGACGCGACUCUGGGUGAUUGCUCGUCCACUGUCAGGCUUUGCCGAGACCUUUUCGCAGUACAUUGUCGAGGUCCAGCCAGGGGGCGGCAGUGACCGUGCUGAACUCGACAACGAGGCCGAGGGAGUGUUAUUUAUUGUCGAAGGACAAGUUACCAUCACCCUGAACGGCGCAUCGCACACGCUCACCGAGGGCGGAUACGCAUUCCUGCCACCAAAUAGUGGCUGGACGCUACGUAACAACGGCUCAACCACGGCUCGCUUCCACUGGAUCCGCAAGGCGUAUGAAUACAUCAAAGGCCUCGAUGCACCCGAACCACUGUUCCUGAACGAAAAGGAGAUCGCGCCCACUCCAAUGCCAAACACCAACGGCACUUGGGCCACCACCCGCUUUGUCGACCCCAGCGAUAUGCGCCACGACAUGCACGUCACCAUCGUCACCUUCAAGCCAGGCGGCGUUAUUCCUUUUGCCGAAACGCAUGUCAUGGAACACGGCCUGUAUGUGUUAGAAGGAAAGGGAGUGUACCGACUCAACCAGGACUGGGUGGAGGUGGAAGCGGGCGACUUCAUGUGGCUACGAGCCUUCUGUCCACAGGCCUGUUACGCCGGUGGGCCUGGUAACUUUCGCUACCUGCUUUACAAGGACGUGAACCGCCACAUGAAGCUCUCACGAUCGAAAAUAUAGCAUCCAUGGAUCAGAUGGGAAACAGCCUUUGAAAACCGGGUUUCACCCGACGAACGUGAGCAAAAUCAAUCCUGUAUUAGUACUACAAUAAACAUAUCUCAAUUACUUCAUUGCAU